AUGGCGCCUCGCAAUGCGCUCGUAAAUUUAUCCUUCACCGUCGACUCGGCAUCAGAAGAUGACAUGACGCCCGACGAGCUCAAUGCGAUGCCCACGCCCGACUCCAACACCGAAAACAAAGCGCGGGUACGCAAAGCGCGUGGGAAGGCUGCGCAACCAAGCAAGACUACUUCUGCGAUUAAGGCGACUACUAAGGGCCGACCAGCGACACGCGUAGCCGAGGCGAAGAAGGACACUGCUGUCACGAGGAAAGCGCCCACAAAGGCUGGUCGCAAGGCACUGACAGAGCGUAAGAAUGGCGCAGAGAGCGACGCUGAGGAAGCGGACGAGCUGGACGAAGACGAUGUCACAGAGACUGCGGAACCAGUCAAGCCUGCUAAGAGGGGGCGACCGGCUAAGGCGAAGAAGGCGCAAGAGGAGGAGGAGCCCGCAGAAGAAGAGCCCGCGCCGGUAAAGAGAGGGCGCAAAGCAGCCGCGAGGGAACCUGUGGCGAGGGAGGAGACUAAGGCGAAAGCCGCAGCAAAGUCACGAUCGAGCAAGCGCGGCGUAGAGUUAGAAGCAGAGCCAGAAGCGUUCACAAUCCCGGAGACACAGGCUGAGCCAGAGGCGGACAUCAUGGACAUCGAAGACUCGAUCGAGGUGGACGAGAUACCUGAGAGCAUGCCACCUCCACCGAGACCAUCAGCACGGCGAACGGCAGCAGCAAGCAGGACACGACAGCCUUCAGCUAGUGGGCGGCGAGCUGGAAGCGUGUCGGACACAGAGCGCGACCCAGCCAUGCGGCGGAAGGUGGGCGAUCUGACCAGGAAGUUGGAGGCCAUGACAGCCAAGUACGAGACACUAAAGGACGUCGCGACCUCAGGCAAGGAAUCCAACUUUGAGCAGCUUAGGAAACGGACAGAACAAGCCGCAAAGGACCAAGACGCAGUGAUCAAAGCCCUCAAACAACAAGUCGCCGACCUCCAAACGCGCACCUCGGAAAUCACAUGCCUCAACAAGUCAAUCUCAGCCCUCACAAAGACCAACUCCUCCCUCACCGCCGAAAACAAGAAGCUCACCGACUCCCUCAACACCGCACAGAAGGAAAACACCACGCUCAACACCAAGCUUGCCGCAGCACGCUCGUCCACCCAGCCAGAAGCUAAGGUGCCGGGCAGUGCAGUCAAGGCGAGAACGACGGGCGUGGUGCUGCCUGGAAGCGCGGAAGCAGCGAAGGACGCGAUGCUGCAGAAGCAGAAGGUGGAGAUGUACUGCGACUUGACUAACCUGGUCAUCGUUGGCGUCAAGAAGAACGAGGACGAUGAGGAUGUGUAUGAUUGUCUGCAGACUGGACGGAAUGGGACACUGCACUUCCAUCUCACAGUCUCCGAGGGCGGUGAGAGCUACGCGGAUACAGAGUUCAUUUACCAGCCGCUGCUGGAUGAGCAGAGAGAUAAAGACCUCCUAGAUCUUCUGCCUGACUACUUGACUGAGGAGAUUAGUUUCGCGAGAGGGCAUGCGGCGAAGUUCUUCUCCAAGGUUGUGGAUUCGAUGAGUAAGAGAAUUAUACUCGAGGAUGAGGAGUAAGCUUUGAUGAUGGGAAUUUGGUUGGCAGUAUGUUUGCAUCGUCUUCCGUACAGCUUGGCGCUCGGGCGCGCUGGGCUGAUUGUGCUGAGCUUUGAUGGUUGCUGGGUGGGUUACGUGAUACCUGGAGUAUUGGCGUCUUUUGUUGACAUUAUCGC